AUGGCAGGAGCUAUGUCACUUGCUGGACGGUUGGUCGAUCACCCACAAAGAUAUGGAGCCAGCAUAGGACACAUCGGCACAGUCAGCGGUAGUACGAACCCUACCAUUGUUGGUUCUACUGAAGUUAAUUUCACUUUCAACUCACCGAGGGAGGGACCAGGUAGUCUGUUUGUUGCCACUCCCGGGUCCUCACUCCCUAAUGGUAGCGGUGGGCCUUCGGCACUGAACUACGCUCAGCUCGAGGCUCUGGUACGGCUCACUGCGGCCCUGGUGCCGCGUAACUCUCUGGCUACAGAUUGCAUUGACAUCCUAGCUCUAACAGAAACAUGGUUUCGUGCUGAACAAGAUCGGAACACCGCUAGUAUAACUCCCAAGGGAUAUAAGCUGGUACAUAUCCCCAGAAAAGGGCGUCGAUGUGGUGGUGUCGGACUAGUCUACAAGUCUAGCUUGACGGCGUCUGUUGUCAAGCAGUGUAGCCAUCCACCGCCAUCUUCCUUUGAAUCUAUGGAAGUUGACAUUCAUAACCAUGACAACAAGCACUUCCGAAUCAUUGUGUUGUACCGUCCACCACACAGCUCAUUAACUACGUUCAUGGAUGAGUUUGCCUCCCUUCUUGAUUGGUAUGCGUUGUUCACUGGGCAGCUUAUUAUACUAGGAGACUUCAAUAUCCACUGGAACAAUGACGCCACCACCAGCACCCCUUCAGCUAAUGACCGGCGUUUUGGUAACCUCCUCACACAGUUCAACAUGCAACAAUUGGUAACCACUGGAACUCACACAUCUGGUCACACAAUAGACUUUGUGAUCACACGACAAUUCGACACCCUCGUACAAUCUGUUGACACAUCGGACUUUGUGUCCGACCAUUGUGCUGUCCAUUGCCGGUUGGACUUGCGUAAACCAAGAUAUGUGAGGCACAAAAUCACGUUUCGGAAGAUCACUGCGAUAGACCCCACUAAAUUUAAGGAUGACAUUGCCACAUCUCCGCUCAUCACAUGCCCUGCAGAUACGCCAGACACCUUAGUCGACCAGUACAACUCUGUACUCUGUAAACUGCUUGACUCUCACGCUCCCCCCAAAACCUGCAAAAUUGUAGAUAAACCAAAAAUGCCUUGGUACAACAAUGACAUCGCAGAGGCCAAACGCAAGCGUCGUCAACUUGAACGACGCUGGCGAAAAUCCAAGUUACAGAUACACCGUGAGAUGUUCCAAUCGCAGAGAGAUCUGGUAAAAUCCAAAUACAGCAAGAUCUCCAAGAUCAGAAAUGACUUAGCAGAAAUGGAUCCCGGCAUUAAUCCUGCGCAGGCAGAUCUUGAAUUUUGCCAAUCUCCCCUCUUAUCCUUAGCACCUGCAUCAGACACGGAAGUGAUGAAGAUCGUCAAGAGUGCACCGACGAAGACCUGCCCUCUUGACCCAAUACCGACAUCGUUGGUAAAGGAUCACAUCAACGUGUUGAUUCACCCUAUAACACUGAUAAUCAACAAGUCACUCGCCACAGGUCACUUCCCGACAUGCUUCAAGACAGCUCUCAUCACACCCGUCAUCAAGAAGAAAUCACUGGACUCUAAUGAUCUAAAGAACUAUCGUCCAAUUUCAAAUAUGCCUUUUAUGUCGAAGGUUGUUGAGAGAGUAGUUGCAACCAGGUUGAAUGCACAUCUCAUUCAACAUAACCUGCGGGACAACCUCCAAUCAGCGUACACUAAGUUUCAUAGUGUUGAGACGGCACUUGUCAAAGUUCACAACGACAUAAUGCUCGCUGUUGACAACAAAAGGGUUGUUCUCCUGGUUCUGCUAGAUCUCUCAGCAGCCUUCGACACCGUUGACCAUAAAAUCCUGCUACAUAGGUUACAGUAUCACUUUGGGGUACAGGGAUCUGCACUUUCAUGGUUCAGAUCAUACCUCCAAGAUCGAUCUCAGGCUGUCAACAUAUCAGGAGAGUUGUCUGAUCGGUGCCGCCCCUGCGGAGACCGACGGCCGCGCAACCGCUUCUGCCGCCAUCCACUGGCAUCGUCGGCCGUGUCCACGGCCCCAAUACCCGGCAAUCCGGGUGCCAUCGCCCCUGGGUCCCUCUACAAUCCGAGACUGAUUCUUCUCAGAAGUAGAAGGAGAAACGCAAGUCGACAGAUACAAUCCCCAUGUAUAUCAAAUCAUAGCUCCGUCGGCUACCAAAAAACAAUUCAGAACCUGUCUGAAACCUGUUCAGCCUUCUCCAAGCAGACUGCCGCAGCUGAUCCAGGCCCAUCGUCUCCUUAG